AAGAAAAGUGGGAAGAUUUUGAAAAAGAAAUAUUAAACGUACCUCAUACGAAUUGGACACCAUCAGAACAUGUUCCAUGGCUAAUACUAGAACUUGAAAUGAAUAUUACAAUUCGAGAAAUGCAAGUUCAAGUAGCACGUCAUAUGAUACAACCAAUAUUAAAUGAAAAUAAUUCUUCAGUACGAAAUAUUGUCAUGCAAAUGAAUAUGGGCGAAGGCAAAACUUCAGUUAUUUUACCUAUGUUAGCACUUAGCUUAUGUUCAUCAUCUUCGAGUUUAGUUCGUAUCAUUGUAUUGAAAGCAUUAUUUCCAAUGAAUUAUCAAUCACUACGAUAUAAAUUAGGUGGUCUAUUAAAUCGACGUGUAAUACCCUUUGCUUGUCGUCGUGACAUGAAUUUUAGUCAUGUACAAGUAAAUCAAAUUUUUGAGCGUCUCAAACAAGGACUACACAAUCUGGAUAUUGUACUUACUUCACCCGAAGAUAUUCUAUCUUUUGAUUUGCUUACAAUAGAUAAAUGUCGACGAAAUGAAUUUGAUGUUGGUCGUUCAAUGUUAUUGAUUCAAAAUUGGAUGAAAACGUUUGUUCGUGACGUUUUGGAUGAAUCCGAUGAAAUUUUACAUGUUAAAUAUCAAUUAAUUUAUUCUAUUGGUCGUCAACAACAAGUUGAUGGAGGUGUAGAACGUUGGAAAACCAUUCAAUAUGUACUGAAUUUAGUCAAAGAACAUGCUGCUAAUAUUGCACAACAAUAUAAUGAUGAUGUUUUUUAUAAAGAAUCAGAACAUCAAAGUAGAUUUCCAGAAUUUCGUCUGGUUAAUCAUCGACCAUUUUUAGAAUUAUGCCGAAGAAUAGCAAACGAUUGGACUAAUCAAAAAAGUUACCGUCAACUAGAUCAGCAACUUAUCUUAUCAUUCAUAUUAAAUACGAAUUCAUCGGUUAAUAGUCUAGUCGAUCAAUUUCCUCAUAAUACAAUUCAGUUAUUUUUGAUUAUGCGUGGUCUUUUAUCAUCUGAAGUGUUAUUUGUAGGCUUAAAAAAACGUUAUCGUGUCAAUUUUGGUGUGAAUGAAAAUACCAAAUUCAAUCGUUUAAUGGCUGUACCAUUUCGGGCAAAAGAUGUUGCAGCUGAAAACACAGAAUUUGGACAUCCAGAUGUGGCUAUUGUCUUAACACAUAUUGCUUAUUACUAUAAAGGUUUGACAGAUACACAAAUGUAUCAAUGUUUUGAUCGUUUGAGUCAAAAUGAAAGUGAUCCAGAGAUGAUCUAUGAUCAAUGGAUUUCAUUGGAAGAGGAAAAUGAUACCAUUUCAAGUAUAAAACAAUGGAAAAGAAUCAAUCUAAAAGAUUAUCAACAACGAACUCAACUACUCUUUCCGACUUUGCGAUAUAAUAUGCUAGUUAUAAAUUAUUUUCUCAAUCAUUUUGUUUUUCCUCUAGAAGCAAAACAAUUUCCUCACAAAUUAAUUGCUUCUGCUUGGGAUCUAUCUUCAUCUUCACGAGAAAAAAUAAUCACUGGAUUUAGUGGUACAAACGAUACUCAACUAUUAUUGCCUGUUCAUAUUCGUCAAUGUGACUUACCAGAACUUCAAAAAACGGACGCCAUUGUUCUCAAUAAUUUACUUCGACCAGAAAAUGAUUAUUAUCAAUAUUUAUUAAUUAGUGCGAGCUUCGAUAAAAUCUUGAAACAAAUUGUUAUAAAUAAACCAAAGAUUCAAGUCAUUCUAGAUGUUGGUGCCUUAUUUGUAGAUGGAACCAAUCGUCAAAUAGCUGUCAAAUGGCUGGAUCUAUCGGAUAAAACUCAAAUUGAUUAUGCUGUGUAUUUUGAAUCGGAUUCAAUAUUCGUUUGUGAUCGUCAAUAUCAGCAUCAUGCUUUUUUGACGUCACCUGCUAGUGAACGUAUCGAUCGUUGUGUAUUUUAUUUAGAUGAAAUUCAUACGAGAGGAACAGAUUUUAAAUUUUCGAAUGAAUUUAGAGCUGCUGUCACCUUAGGUAAUGGUCUCACUAAGGAUCGGCUAGUUCAAGCAUGUAUGCGAAUGAGAAAAUUAGGCAAACAUCAUUGGUUAAGUUUUUGGAGUUCAAACGAAGUUCAUCAACAAAUUCGAACAAUGAAGAAAAAUUCAAUUUCAUUAAAUCAAAAGGAAAAAAGCAUGGAUGAUCGAAUUACUUUGACUGAUAUUCUACGUUGGGUUUAUGAAAAUACUCAACAGAUAACAUGGGAUGGAUUACAUCUUUGGGCAACACAAAGUUUAAGUUUUCAACGAAAAAUUACUGCUUUUAGAAAUAUCAAUUGGAAAGAACGAGGAACAUUGUAUACAGAUACGAUAUUGGAAAACAUAGCCAGAGAAUGUUUGGAAGACGAAGUCUUAGAAUUGAAAUCUAUGUACGGUGUAUCGAAAACAUUUCAAACAAUAUUCGAGAUUUAUUCGGCUCGAUACAAACAUUCGAACAUUUUUUCAUCAGUUGAAAUUCAUGAAGCUGUUUCCAAACGAUUGUGUGAUUAUGGUGGUUCAAAAAAACUUCUCACACAAUUAUUAGAUGAAGAGCAGCAACGAGAACUAGAGCGAGAACAAGAAUUGGAAGAAGAACGACAACAGAAACGUCCUUCAUAUGUUCGUCCUUAUGAACCUCAAUUACACGAUGAGAUCAAGGCUUUAUGCAACAUGUACGGUCCUAAAUUGGAUUUAUCUAAAUUAACUUCAGUAUUUUGUCCCAUUGCUGAUGCUUUUCUUAAUACUACAUUCUAUCAUGAAUGUCAACCACGUUGUUGGCAACAAAAUCUUUGGGUUACCGAUGAAUUCAAACGUGUGAUUCAAACGCGUGGAGAAUCAUUAGAUCCUUUUCUACGUCCUACACGAUGGACUGUGAUCUAUCGUAAUGAACAUAUCAUUUUUGUAAGUCCUUUUGAAGCCAAUUGGAUAAUGGGUCGAUUACACAAUCUUUAUCGUUCCCAAUCACCUGGAGAACUAUUGACUACAACAUUACGCUUAUUGUUACCACGAACUCGGCCAAAUCAAUCAAUUAUAGUUAACACACCCACUUUAACAAUUCCUCCAUCAAUCGCACCAGAUUUUGGUCCUGUUAUGUUCCCAAUUCCAACUGAAUGGUUGGCGGUAUUAUUUAUUUUUAACGGCUCUCUUUACUUUGAAAGUACCGAUGAACAAACAGUCUAUUGCCAUUGCCUAAGUGUAUGUCCCAAACCUCGUACCGAGAUUGAAGAAGAUGCAUUUGAGAAAGGUUGGAUUACUAUUGAUGGAUUUGUGGAAAGAUCAGAUCAUCGUGACCUUUUACAACUUCAACAAUGUCGUUUUCAUGCCAAUCCUUUAGCAUUCAUUAGAAAAUUGGUCGAAAACAGAAACAAUACACAGGCACCUCUAAUAUCCCAUGUUGGUAGCAUUCUUAUAAAUGCUGUGAAGGGAAUAACGUCCGUUAAGAGAAAAGCAUAUGAACAAACGAGUUUUUCGGCGAAUAAAAACCAACGAAAACCAUAA